AGUAAUAUUUUGACAAGUUGACUGUGAAAUGAAGUCUAAGGAAUGCUCCAGGCAUUCACCCCAUAUGCCAAAGAGAUCUGCAACAAAUUGAUUGUCUUGGACUUGUGUUAGAGGAGUUUGAAUUUUAAUUUCAAAGAGACAGUGGGAUUUAAGAAGACUCCAGAGAGAGAUAGAUUUCACGCUUUUUAUUAGAACUUGGUGUGUGGGCGUGCGCUGUUUACUCUUGAGUUUUCAGUCCUCUUUUACGUGUUUUUCAGACAUUACGAAGUGACAGAUCAAAAUGAGUGGGAGCAGUAGAUGACUUCAUUUUGUGCAGAGGUAUGCAGAUGCUGUGACCCAAAUAGCCAAUAUUUUGCCUGGUAAAGGAUGGCAUCCCAUUGGCUUCAGAUCUUAUUUAUAGCUAUUUCAAUUUGCCUAAUAUCUUGCCAAGUAAUUAAUCGUCCACCAUCAAUAACCUCGGUAUUUGAGCCAGCCUACUACGUCCAAUUUUCCCAUCCAACUCCAGUUACGAUACAGUGUAAAGCCGUAAAUGGGAACAUAACUUAUCAAUGGAGGAAGGAUGAUGUUGCAGUAAGAAAUAGUCGAGAAGUUGCUGUAGACGCCAGACUGGGUACCAUCACCUUCACGCGAGUGGAAUUUACAGACUACGGAAAAUAUCAGUGCUUCGCUAGUAACAGUUACGGCACCGCCCUAUCACAACCAAUACAAGUGAAGCAAGCUUUUUUGGGAAGUUUUCCAGAUAACUCUGUAACUAUGGAGUGUACAGAGAAUCAGGAUUGUGUGAUUCAGUGUCGCGGUCGUCCAUCUUGUGAGCCCGCCUCCGAGUGUCGAGUAGAGUGGAAGAAAGGCCCCGGUACGGACCACAACGUUCGAGUGUCAGAGAGGAUCGCAGUAGAUGGGGAGGGAAAUUUGCAUAUUUUGAAUGUAAAGACAGAGGACUGGGUCCCGGGACAGGACUAUGGGUGUGGACUGUGGAAUGAAGUGACCAGGACGUUUACUAAAGGCAGUAUGACCUCCCUCCGGAUCAAGCAAUCUACAACUAAAUUAAUGGAACCAAAGCCAGUAUAUUCAGCCAAUACUAAGGCUUUUCUGGGACAGAAAGCAUCGCUACAGUGUAUAUUUGCUGGAAGUCCAAUCCCCACAAUCAGUUGGAAGACCCCACAACUUGAACCAAUAGAUUUUACCAACAGCGCUAAGUAUGAGCUGGACGACUUUGGCAGGAAGUUGGUGGUGAAGGAUUUGACCAUUGAUGAUGAGGGAUCCUACACUUGUAUUGCCAAUAAUCAAGUCCAGCAACAGGCCUUCUUAAAUGUUACAUCUCCUCCCUUCUUUGAUCCACAAAGUAAUAACCCCCAGAUGUCAGACACCUACGUGUCUGCCCAGAAGAAUGCAGUGUUUUACUGUGAUGUUGUGUCGGUCCAGGGAGAAGUUCCUCCCUUACCUCCGAUAUGGAAGAAAAACGGCAGAGACAUUGGGGCCAGCCAAGGUUUAAAAUACUUGGUAAGUUCAGACAUGAAGGAACUGACAGUGUUGGAGGUUGAAAAGCCCACACCUACUCGACCGGGAUCAGGGUCAACAGGAAGUUACCAGUGUGUCUCAGAAAACAGCGAAGGCAUGAUCUUCAAGGAUGCGUUUCUAGCAGUCAUUGAUGCCAUUCAAGUUUUCCUUAAACCAGAGAAAUCAUACCGCAUAGACAGAGAAAGUGUGCUGACAUUAGCUGUGGAUGCUAAGACAGACCCAGCAUUGAGUUUACGAUAUAAAUGGAGAUUUACAAAUCUGGAUAACGACACCAUUUCUGUACCAAAUAAAGGGCAAUGGAGGUUAUCCAACAACAACAGGAACCUCACGAUCAAUGCACGAGGGCUAAAUAAAGAACAAUUUUUCAAUAUCAUUGGACGAUACAGUGUGGAAGUAUAUCAUCAGUAUGAUGCAGAAUUUGUCCAUGUGGACAUUGUUACUGACAUACCUGCAAAUGUCACUGAUCUGUUACCGCCCGUUUCGCAAGCACCCCCAUCUGAGGCCAAUUUAUGGUUCCUGGGAAUUAUCUUUGGAAUCCUCAUCCUGAUCAUUGUCAUCAUCUUAAUCAUAUGUAUGCUUUAUCGCAAUACUUGUAAGAGUGGAACAUAUCCAGUGGAUGAGAAGGAGGUAGCAGCAGGCCAUGAUCCAGAAAAAGAGUUAGCAGAUAGCGGAUUCCACGAUUUGUCCAGAGCAGAUGAGGAUGGUCACAAAUAUGACAACAUUUCUCUGUCCGAUGACUUUGGGAAGCAGAUAGAGAGUGACGAGGACAGCAUGGGUGAAUACGGAGGAGAUUUAGACAUUAGUAAAUUUAAUGAGGACGGAUCUUUUAUAGGAAUAUAUGCUGACAAAUUAGCACAGAAUUCAAAACAGUCAACGGUCUGAUACAGACAGAUACCGUGUGUAAAAAAGCUUGCCAUUAAAAAAUGACGUCGCCAGUGAAGAAAUAAAUAAUUCAGUAGAUUUACAGUCAUGGAAUAAUGGAUAAGGAACAUUCACUAUAAAAACAAGGAUUCCUUUGAACGAAAGACUACAGAUUCACUGCCACUUUAUCUCCGGGAGUUUUGAGAUGAGUUCACUGUGAAACUAGUCAAGGACAUUAUAGUGCAGGGGCAGUCAUGAACUCUAGCAGAAUUGAUAUCAAUUUACUAAUUGUGCUUUUGUGCUGUAGAGUAAUAAAGAAUAUCACAUACUAAGCUUCCAUCAAAUAUUCAUACAGAGAAGGACCAUGAAAUAUUCUUUUUUUUGGACUCUAUGAACACAUUCCAGGGUUUAACCAGACAUCAUAGUUUGUCUAUAUUUUUUCCAUGUUGACUUUACAUAUACAUUUGAUGCGAAAUCCUUGAAUAUAUCCAAUUUAUGGCAAUCUGUGUCAUUUUUAUCUGUUUUAUGAUGUGAGCUUCAAGUUUUGGUUUCAAUUAAUUAUGUUAAACAUUCCAUUUACCUCUGUACAGUUGAUGUCAGGGAUGGGUGCUUUUGCUACAGGUGUAUGUUCAUGUCAAUGUAGAUAUUUAUAUUUGAGUAUAGUAUGCAAGUUAUGCAGUGUUUCUGUAUAUUCUAUCCUAUAUUGAUAAAUCCUUUAUACAGUUACAAUCUAUGUCAUGUACAUGUGAAUUUUUUCUCUCAUUUUAUUUUUUUAUUUAUAAGGAGAAAACAUCUGCAUGGAAUAACAUACUGUGGAAUCAUGAAAUUUUGUGGUGGCUAGAUAUCCAUGGAAUUAGCAUUUAUUUCUCUUCAAUUAAUAACAUUCUCAUCAUAAAAACCAACUACAAGUUUUUCAGAUCCAUAUUUCCUUUUGUAGAUAUGACUGAAUUCCACAAAAUCAUGUCUAAAAAAAAAAAAAUUAAACAAGCUAGGAAAAUUGAGCCCACAAAUUUGUAUGAUUUCACAGUACACAUAAUUAAGGUGCAAUCAAUUUUUUUUAGUAAAUUAAAAUAUGUGUAAUUUUAUAUAUAUACACACAUACAUUUAUACUUGCAUGAUUUAAAAAAAAAUGUCUCAUUUUUACCAAUAUUAUUAAGUAUGUGUUAAAAGCUUUUUCUAAGUAAAGGUUAAUUGAUACAUACAUGUUUAUAUUAUACAUUUAUUUUUUGGAAUGGAUGUUUUGAAUAAAUAGGUAUAUGCAGCUUAAUUUUUUAGGCAAGGUUGAAUAAGUACAAUUUGUAAAUUUGAAUAUGUUGUAAAUGCAUGAUCUCAGAAAUAUAUGAUUUUUAAUUAUUUUUAAAUGUAUAAUUUUUUGUUGUUGCAAUAUUGCAUCAUGUCCUAUGUUUAAGCUGAAUGUGUUGUGACUAUUUGAUUAGAUAGAUUUGGACAUGUUUUUUUCCUAUAAUUUAGCGCUGCAGUAUUUAAUUUUAUGCUGUGCAUAUGGGCCACCCAGUGAAAGUGAGCAGUGCCAGUGGCAUAUUAUGUGCAAUUUUUGUUUGUUUGUUUAUUUGUUAAACAAACUGACAUAUAAAUUAUAUAUUUUG